GCCAACGAGCCUCCAGUUGCGACCACGAGCCGCUUCGAUCAACGUUGAUCUCAGUUUGCGCGUACCCUCUAACCUGCAUACGUAUAUGCUUUGAUAUGACGAAAAGAGCGCGCUUAUCUGAUCCUGCUGUGUAGCCCGGCUCGUAUAUAAGCAUCAUCGUGAUUUAUAUAUAUAUAUUCUGUAUCCAUAUUUAUAACGAUACUUGGAGGCGCGAUAGUGGGGUAGAGUCCGAGAGAUCGGUAAAGGAACGUGGGUGAUCAUGGGGCCGAGAGUGUGCCGGCUGGUCGCGCUAGUGGCUGUGGUGUCGAGUUUCCUCGUCGGUGGAAGCUUUGGUGAUCAGGAGGAGCUCGCCAACACCGUCAAGUUUCUCCAGGAGCAGGUGAGCGCGCUUCUCGAGCACCGGCAGGAGGACUACAACGCCCUCGAGGAGAGCCUCAAGAGAUCGGUAGAGAAGAACACCGAACUCGUCGUCCUCAAGAACGAGAUCAAGCAGCUCCGGAAAGAGAUAUCGAGCCUGAGAGCGAGUGGGGGUUCGUCGGCGAGUCCUGUGAGCGGUCCCCUCGUGGCUGGGCCCGCGACGAACAACGAGGCGAAGAACGACCGGCUGCGACUGCGGUGGCUGGGCUCGGCGGUGGCCGAGUUGCAGGCCGAGUUGGCCGAGCUCCUGCGGACGCGGAACAUGAGCGAGGAGUUGGCCGAGCGCUCGAGGCUGCGCUCGGAGAUCGAGUUGCUGAGGUCGGACGUGGCGGGGGUCGGCCGGGGGGUGCGGGACCUCGGGGCCAGGCUGGACGAGUUGGAGUCCAGUCUAGGUGCCGUUGGCUCCGACUUGGCCGCCAGCAAGCAGAGGACCAGCCAGUUGUCCGUGGCGUUCGCCGACGCGACCAGCCAGCUGAGCAGCGUCCAGAUGGAAGUAAAGUCGAUCAAGGAGGAGGGCAAACGCCACAUCAGCCACCCCCGCGGCGGCAUCCCCGUCGACAGCGAGAACGACGUCAACCCCGAGAAGAGCCCCCCGGAGGAAGUGAGCAGGCACCACACGCGCCACGCCCUUUCCCGACUCCCCGGGGCCGUCCACCGGCUGGACGAGCGCCUCGACAAGCUCGAGCACAAGAUCGGCCUCGUCUCCCGGAAGCGCGCCCUCCUGGAGAAGCGCGUCGUCUUCGAGGACCGCGCCGACGGCCAACAGUUGUCCCAACGCCUCAGCGACGAGGUCCACCGGCUCCACCGGCACCUCGCCACCGCGACCGGCUUCGGCGAGUCCGUCGUCAGGCUCGUCGAGUCCAUGGAGCGGCUCGAGGAGCGCGUCGUGGCCAACCAGUCGGAGACCAGGCGCGAGCUCGGCCGGCUCGGGGUCAACGUGGCGCUCAAGGCGGCCGAGCUGUCGGCGAGCCGGGAGGACCUGGCCAAUCUCAAGGACGUGGUCCAAGCCCUGAGCGUGAGCGCGGUUAGGCUGCAGGGUAGGAGCGACCAGCAGCAAGAGGCGCUGGCUCGUUUGAACGCCAGCGUGGAUCAGCUGGUCGAGUUCAGCGGGGGGAUCGGUAAGGCGGAGAACCUGACCAAGGAGCUGGAGCACGUGGAGGACGAUUACCGGAAGAUGGUGGACGCUCUGCCGGGGAAUUGCGAGGAGAGGGACGGGUUGAGCUUGUUGGCGCCGGGGCCGGGGGCUCCGUUGUUGGCGGCGUGCAGGAAGGGCUGGAUAGUCGUGGGUCGCAGGGUGGACGGGAGCGUGGACUUUGACCGUAGCUGGAACGACUACGCGACGGGCUUUGGCUCGCCGUUGAACGAGUUUUGGGCGGGCAACGAGGCCCUGCACCGGCUCAGUCGGGACAAUUGCACGCGCUUGAGGAUCGAGCUGUACGACAUCGACGACAACUACUGGCUGGCCACUUACGAGAACUUUAGCGUCGACGGCGAGGAGAACGGUUAUAGGCUGAGGGUGUCGGGUUUCGGGGGCAACGCCACGGACGCGAUGAGCUACCAGAACGACAUGAGGUUUAGCGCGCGGGAUCGGGACUUGGACGCGAGCACGACCAAUUGCGCGGCGAAUUAUCACGGUGGAUGGUGGUUCAGCAAGUGCCAGCACGCCAAUCUCAACGGGAGGUACUCCCUCGGUUUGACCUGGUACAGAUCCGACAGUAACAAGUGGAUGGCCAUCGCUUCGGCUGAACUCGCCGUCCAGAGGAAGGAGCAGUGUCUGUAGACUGGCCCACCUAUACAAAGCUUUGUGUGGGUGUAUGUAUGACAUUUGGUGUACCAAUUUGGGUAGAUUUCGAUGGUUAUCGUUACUGCGGAGAAAAACAAGUGUACAAGAGGAAGUGUGAAAAUUUUUCGUAGCCGUUGAAAUAAAAAUUGUUAAUUGUAUAAUAAUAGCUGGUAAGCGUGUGCACGAGUCACAUCUCUCGAAUCGAUUAUCAGGAGGAGAUUUUUACCUAUGUGCUUGUGCAAAGAAAGUCAUACGUAGAAAGUUGUUUGCGUACACGUAUAUUUAAAGCUAUACCAAGAUAUUGGAAAUUCGCCGACGAAUUUUAUGCUCAGGGUAUCGAGUUUCGAGUUUAACAUUUUUUAUGUUACAUAAAUACACUAAAUCUCAGAACAUAGUUAAAAAUUUAUUCAAACAACUAAAUAACUAUGUAAGAUUUGGAGGAGCGUGUUUGUACAGUAUUCUUUGAAUACCCAGUUAUGUGCAUAUCAAAAUGUUAAAGAAAAAUUUCUUGCUAAUAAUUAGGUACCAGCGGAUAUUCAAAGAUAAAAAAAACAAAUAAAUAAAUAUGAAAAUGAAAAUGAAAUGAAAAGACUGCUUUCGUCUAAGAAAGCAAUGAGAUCCAGUGAAACUACCAAAUUUUUUAUUCGAGAUCAAAAAUAUUUCUCGAAAAACUAGGUAAUUUCGAUGGGUUUUGAAACUUGUACAUAUACUUUGUUUAUUCAUAUAGCGUCGAGUACCAUUGUACUUAUAUACACAUAAUUAUAUUUAACUAUACUUCAAGGCUGAUUGAUUGCAUUUACCAAUAAACGAUAAACACAUCAGUUUUGCCUUAUACUCCUUUACGCCAAAGAUUUAAUUGUAAACAACAACUCUAAUUGUAAUAGUUAUGAUAUUUAAAG